AAACCCCUCCCUCUCCCGCCUGCCUAAAAGGGAGGAGGGGCCUUUGUCUCUCUCUUCUGCACGUGCUGCAUCCAGGGCGCCUCCGGGAAGCCGUAUUUGCCAGCACCUCUAAAUCAGACAGGCAGAACUUGGCCAAGGAAAAACUGGAUUCCCUCCUAAAGAUGGAAGAGGAAGACUCAGCUGGCCCUGAAGCAGAAAGAGGCCAUGGCAUUGACACUGGGAGCAGUGGGGGAUUCUGGGAAAGCUCUGGGCAGAAGAUCCUGGGAGAGGAGGACACCCUUUGCUCAGAGGCGCAGAGCCAGCAGUUCAGGCAGUUCUGCUACCAAGAGGCCGAAGGACCCCGUGAGGUUUGCAGCCAACUCUACCAGCUUUGCCACCAGUGGCUGAAGCCAGAAAGGCACACGAAAGCGGAGAUGCUGGACCUGGUGAUCUUGGAGCAGUUCCUGGCUGUCCUUCCAGCGGAGAUGGAGAGCUGGGUGAGGGAAUGCGGAGCAGAGACCAGUUCCCAGGCAGUGGCCCUGGCCGAAGGUUUCCUCCUGAGUCAGGCGGAGGAGAGGAAGCAGGAAAGGGAUCUUUCUGCAGAAAUGGGACCAGAUUCCUCUGAGGCAGAGAGGACUUCGUUGGACACCAGAGAGAGGCCGCUGGAGCUCAGUUUCUUUUGAAGAUGUCGCUGUUUGUUUCACGGCUGAGGAGUUGGCGUUGCUGGAUCCUGCCCAGAGAGCUCUGCAUAAGGAAGUCAUGGAGGAGACUUGGAGGACCAUGAUCU